AUGGAGUCCCGAACGGCGAACCGCAGGAACGAGUAUAAAAGCAAGGGCGGCCUGAAGCAGGACGAGCUCCGUCGCCGCCGUGAAGAGCAGCAGGUUGAGAUUCGGAGACAAAAGCGUGAAGAAAACAUCUCCAAGAGGCGGAACUUCCUCCCCAGUGCGGGUGGCGAUUCCGACGAUGAGGGUGGUGUGGGUAGCUGGGAGUCUCCGCUCGCGGAGGACAUGAUUGCGGGCGUGUUCUCCGAUGAUGCCGAUCGCCAACUCGACGCGACCACCAAAUUCCGCAAACUUCUCUCCAAAGAAAAGAACCCUCCGAUCGAGCGUGUUAUUGAGUGUGGCGUCGUCCCUCGCUUCGUCGAGUUCUUGCGAGGCGAUAACCCCAUGCUGCAGUUCGAGGCUGCAUGGGCCUUGACCAACAUCGCCUCGGGUACGGCGGACCACACUCAGGUGGUCAUCACCGCUCAGGCUGUUCCUGAGUUCAUCAAGCUUUUGUCUUCUCCUGUCCCCGAUGUACGCGAGCAGGCGGUUUGGGCUCUCGGAAACAUUGCUGGCGACAGCCCGGCCUGCCGCGACUACGUCCUUCAGCAGGGUGCUCUCCGACCCCUUCUCAACCUCCUCAGCGAGAACAACAAGCUGAGCAUGCUCCGCAACGCGACUUGGACUCUGAGCAACUUCUGCCGUGGGAAGUCUCCACAGCCAGACUGGGAUCUUAUCUCGCCCGCGCUCCCUGUCCUCACCAAGCUAAUCUACUCUCUCGACGACGAGAUCCUCAUUGACGCGUGCUGGGCAAUCUCAUACCUUUCGGACGGUUCGAACGAUAAGAUUCAAGCCGUCAUCGAGUCUGGUGUCUGCCGUCGUCUCGUCGACCUCCUCAUGCACCCGUCUACCUCCGUCCAAACCCCGGCUCUCCGGUCUGUCGGCAACAUCGUCACCGGGGACGACCUCCAGACACAGGUAGUCAUCACCUCCGGUGCUCUUCCUGCCCUGCUCUCCCUUCUCUCGUCGCCGAAGGACGGCAUCCGCAAGGAGGCCUGCUGGACGAUCUCCAACGUCACCGCUGGCUCACCCCAGCAGAUCCAGGCUGUCAUCGACGCCAACAUCAUCCCUCCCCUUAUCAAUAUCCUCCAGAACGCCGACUUCAAGACGAAGAAGGAGGCUUGCUGGGCUAUCUCGAACGCCACCUCCGGUGGUCUCCAAGAGCCUACGCAGAUUCGCUAUCUCGUCUCCCAGGGAUGCAUCAAGCCUCUGUGUGAUCUUCUCCAGAUGAUGGACAACAAGAUCAUCCAGGUUGCGCUUGACGGUCUCGACAACAUUCUCAAGGUUGGCGAGAUGGACAAGGCGGCGAUGGGUCCUGGUGGCGAGAACCAGUACGCGAACUUUGUCGAGGAGGCGGGUGGCAUGCACACCGUCCACAACCUCCAGCAGCACGACAACCUCGAGAUCUACAAGAAGGCUUUCAACAUCAUGGAGAAAUACUUCCCUGAUGACGACGACGCCGAGCCAGCAGCCGAGCCAACAGGCUCCUUCCAGGUACUUCAACCCGAGGGGGGCGCACCUCCGCCUGGCGGUUUUAGCUUCGGGCAGUGA